GACGCGCUCAGUCUGAUAACGUACGGCGAGUCGUCAACGUCGCGAGUGCGCAACGCGAACUUGGAUACGCUUUCAAAUAGAAUUAACCGAAAACAAAAUAUAACAACAAAUCAAAUAUGAAGCUAGUGCUCAGUGUUGUGUUAACGCUUGGCUGCCUGGCCACGCCCACGCCCGCCCAGUUUAACCAGCGACAAGUUCGAGAGAAUUGCGUUACGCCCGAGAAUUAUUAUGGCAGAUGUGUGGCGCUCAGCUACUGUCCUCAGGCGGUGAAUGUCUUCAAGCUGACCGAUAGGCGAACGGCGCAGAAUUAUGUGAUCGCGCUGCAGCGCAGCUGCGGCACGCGCAGCGUUAAUGGGGAUCCUUUGGUGUGCUGCACCAGACCGAUUACUAAUCCGGUCACAGAGCGACCACCGAAUCCUUUCUUCCCAUCCACAGAGGAUUCGUUUGUGACAGUGCAGGUGCAGCCUCUGCCAGUGACCACACGGGCACCGGGUGGUAAUCCUUUCCUGGAUCCUGUGACUCAGGCACCAGCGACCAGGCCCACGGCUAGAGUAACAACAUCUGCGCCGAUAACCUCAAACCCGAUUCUACAGCCACGUGGUCCCAGCUGUCGCUUUCCGCCCGGCAAGAUUGGCGAAUGCGUGGAAAUCAAGAGCUGUGCGCCGGUGCUAAGCGAACUCCAGUUGAAGCGUAAAGACCCUGACUUUGCCAAGCAAUUGCAGGCCUCCAAUUUGGUAUGCGGCCGGGUUGGCACCCAGGUCUGUUGUCCCACGGGCCAAACGGUGACCACACCGCCACCGGUGGGGCUAGUUAACUUGGAUGAGGUGCCGCGUCGCUUGCCCACCGUGGCGGAGGGUUGCGGCGCUACACCAAAAGCGGCUGCCUUCAAAAAGGUCGUCGGCGGUGAGCCGGCCAAGCAGGGCACCUGGCCCUGGAUUGCGCUACUCGGCUACGAUGAUGGCUCCUCAUCGCCGUUCAAGUGUGGCGGCACACUGAUCACCGCCAGACAUGUUAUCACCGCAGCCCAUUGCAUCAGACAGGAUCUGACAUUUGUGCGCCUGGGCGAGCACGAUCUGACGACGGACACAGAGGCACGCCAUGUUGAUGUGCCAAUCGCUAAGUACGUGAGCAAUCCGCAGUACAAUAGUCGCAUUGGACGCGGCGAUAUGGCCAUACUCUAUUUGGAGCGUAAUGUUGAGUUUACGGAUACGAUAAUACCCAUUUGUAUGCCGAGCAGUCCGAGUUUGCGUGCCAAGUCGUACGUUUCGUCGAAUCCCUUUGUUGUCGGCUGGGGCAAGACGCAGGAAGGUGGCGAAUCCUCCAAUAUACUGAUGCAACUGAUGAUACCCGUCCUGGACAAUCAGGUGUGCCGCACCAGCUAUGCGAAGGUGAAUCGUUUCUUUACCGAGGAACAGUUCGAUAAGGCUGUGCUCUGUGCGGGCGUGCUAACCGGCGGCAAGGAUACUUGCCAGGGCGACUCUGGCGGACCGCUGAUGACCUCCGAGGUCAGCGAAGGUCAAAUGCGUUUCUAUUUGAUUGGCGUGGUUGCGUAUGGUGUGGGCUGUGCCAGGCCCGAGGUGCCCGGCGUCUACACGAGCACACAAUACUUCAUGGAUUGGAUACUCGAGCAGCUGUUGGAUACGCCCUGAUUGCAGUCCGUAGCCAUUCUUCAGUCCUAGACCUAACUACUCAUAUGUGCUUAAAGUAUAUAAUAAU